GCGGUCUGACCGGUCGACGCCACGGCUGCAGCCGGCCGCGCACUGCCGCGGUCGAUGAGCGUCAAAACGCCGCAAAAAGAAGAACAGAAACGAAAAUCGAAGGAAACGGGCGCUCCACGGGAUAACCGGUGGCGUCGAGCCACGGCGCGCCCUCUAUUGGCGCCACAGGGAACCGGUGGGAGCCAGCGACCGCCAUGCUUGCGCUCGAAGAGGGCUGCUGGCAAGCCCACAGCGGCGGCUCGAGCUGCGAAAAGCCAAGCCCUCGGUCCGAACUCGCCUUCGCGCCUACUCCCAAGACGCCCUAGGCCUUCUUUGUUUCUACGGGGGAAACCGUGUGCGUCGCCUUCGCAGCUCGACUCGGGAAUUUAGAAACGUCGCUUUGAGAGAGGAGUUUUACGCAGCAAUGCUGAGCUUCGGAGGCCACCGGUAGGAGGGCGGCCGAGCCUGCACGGUGGUGGGGCGGCGGCGGCGGCGGUGGCGGGAGCGGGAGGCGGCCCUCCUCCUGCUGCGGCGAUGCCCUGAUCCAUGGUGCAGCUGCCCCAGGCCCCGGUCAGCCACAGCAAGGGGUCAUCAUCCUCGGUGUAUCGGCGCUCUGUCGUCAACGUAUCGCUGCCCAACGCCGCCAACGCUGCCGGAGGCUGCGAGUCCUGGGAGGACGCGCAGCACAUCCUAUGGCAGGGCGCCCAGAUCUGCUUCGCGGCGGCGUUCCUGGUGCCGCACCGGUUCUCGCUGUCGUCGCUGGUGCUGCGCUGGCUGCUGACGCUGAGCUUUGCGCUGACCAGCAUCUGGGCCGGCCUGGUGGUGUGCGCGCCCGACGUUCUCGCCUGGCACCUGACCUGCCUGCUGGUGAACGCGGCGCACGCGCUACGCCUGGCCUGGCGAGCGCUGCCGCCCCGCAUGCCGACGCACCUGAGAACCCUCUACGAGCGCAUGUUCCUGCCCUACCAGGUGAGCAAGAAUCGAUUCGUGGACCUGACACGUGCUGCCGAAGUGGUGCAGCUCCCCGCCGAACGCAGGUACGCCACAGAGGGCGUCACCGCGGCGGACCAACGGGUGUCCAUACUGCUAACCGGCAGGCUGCAAGUGACCUGCGAAGACGUAUUGCUCCACUACGUAGAACCCAACGAAUUCAUCGACUCUCCAGAAUACGAGUCCUGUCCUAUAGGUAGUGAUAAGUUAUUUCAGGUGACCAUCACGGCACUGGAGCCGUGCACCUACCUAACGUGGCAGCGGCGGCGGCUGCAGCUGCUGCUGCGCGCCCACCCGGUGGUGUCGGCCGUGCUGCACAACCUGGUGGGCCGGGACAUCGCCAUCAAGCUCUACUCGCUCGCCGAGUUCCACCAGUUGGGCACCGACGGCGUGCCGCUGCCCAGGCGCGACGUCAGCCCCGACUGGGGCAAACAGGUGCCUCGCAGCCUCAGCCUGGACGCCGUGUACACGGGCCCCGGGGGCAGGCUCCGGUCGACCGCGUGGCACGCGGCCCGCGAGGCCUCCAGGCGGGGCGUCGAUGCCUCCCUCGCCUCCUCCUCGCAAAUCUCCUACGCACCCGGCCGUGCCCCCGAGCCACCUCCAGUGCACGCGAAGAGGAUCCGCCCCAGCCCGCGCCCAAGUCCGCGCCCGAGUCCGCGUUCAUCGCCCCGCCGCUCCUUGGUGCGGUGUGGCCGUCGGGCAGUGGCCCAAGAAGAACCGGAGAGGAGGAAGAGGGUCAAGGUGGUCGCUGCGGCAGGGGCCGCCAAUGUAGAGGCAUAGCCUCUAUAGGCCUAACGCAGCCAACUCCCUGGUUCUGCGGACACUCGACGACGUGGUUCUGUGCGCUAAGUGUCACGCUGCUUCGCCUCUCUGGAACACCAAUGUUGCUCUUGGGCCUGCGUUCCUCUCGAGUAUUUGCGUCGCCAAGCCGCUUUGUUUGCUGAUACGAAAAAAAGACAACGCCAAAAGGGCCGCAUCCAGAAGCAGUGCUCGGUGUGUAGGUGCUCUUAAGUUGUGUAUAUGCGUUGCGACGAGCAGUUGCUGCGUGCAGUCCUAAGCGACCAAGACGGCAGGAGCAGGACACACGUUUGACAAUAGCAAACGGCAACUUCGUUCGAGCGAUGGCAACGAGUACUCGAGGCUUGUGUUGACGUAAUCGCGUCUGCCAUGUUGGUGGACCACUGGCAGGGCGAAGAGUGUGUGGAAGUUGUGAAUGAUGUCAACACAUCCCGUACAUGACGUCGCGUGCAAGAAAUUUGCAGAGAGACUAUAUAUUUGGUAUAUAAGUGGUGGCGCUCCGGCCUUGGGUCAAUGCAGGUAAAAGAAGUAGACGCAUGCGCUGAGAAUCCACUUUCUUUCUUUUUUCACUAUCCAUAGCGUUAACCUUGGGCGGAAAUAUUUCGGAAACUUCCAUUAAAGUAUCCAUGUUUUUUAGACAAAACUUUGAGUUUGUCGUAAAGCUUUCGGCCCUAGCGCAAUGCUUUCGACCAGAAGGUCAUUUGAGCAAGUAAAGCAGUGGUUAUGGCCACAUUUGAAACCGACGCCAGCGCCGCUGGAUUUCAGUGACGUUAUCAUUUGCAUCUUUUGUAACACGGGAAACAACCGCAAAACGCAUCGAGUUAUUCGGCAAAAGCGUACGUGAAGAUUAGAAAGCGAAGAAUGCACGUUAAGAAAGACGGGAUGGGCGGUUCCCAUUCACGAUGACGUGGCGGAUGGAAAUGUGCAACAUUAGGUACACGUAUAAGAAUGACACUACAGAAAGUGGUUGCUAUUUGAUGCCUCCUGCCGCUUCUUUCGUUCUUUCGAAUAAUAUCGCCGGUUGUCGUAUGCUGUUGUCGCGUGUGUCGCCCUGUUCGUGUUGGGGUUCACGCAGUACCGGCCCCCGUACUUGAGAAGAAGCAUAUUUAUUAACACGCUAAAUGCUACGAAGCGAAUAUAAGGCAAGAAACUGCCGUAAUUUCCUGGUUAUUACUGCGCCUCAAUUCUCUGGCCAUUGUUGCCCGCCAAAAAUCGUGGCUACUUAGAAUCGAAUAAAUGCAGCACUUGUGCUUUGAACCAUCCGACGCAAGAAGUCUUAAAACGUGGACAAUCCUGCAAAACGCGUCGGCCUUUAAAAAAGAAUAAUAUAAUAAAACACACCCAAAAGAAGCGGUCACUUGAUUUACAGAAGCGAAAUGGCCCUGGCCUGCGAGACUGCAGUUAAUAGCUUCAUUAAACAGCCUGGGGCGUCUGUGUCAUCUGCGCGCAUGUUUUACACUGAAGCGGCCCUUCUUCACACAACUGUGGCAAGACGUGCGCGAUUAAACUUGAGAUGAGUUUGCACUGUUUCGUGGUUCGCUACCGCUAAACAAAACCAAAUUACUCACAUCGCGUACUAAUGUGCUUAUAAACAUUAGACGCAGCGUACGUUCAGGGUUUUAUACAAGCUAUAGUUACCAAUUAACAUUAAGGGUAUCACAAGUGAUCAUGGCCGAGCACACAUGUCGCGUGUCAAACAACAUUUUGUCGUAGAAACUUCGAGUGCGAUACGUAUAACAUUAGCGCGACUGAUAAAAGUUCAUAUCGUACCAAAGAUUGAAAGUAGCGUUCCACUUCUCAUAGCACAAAAACCAUGCACAAGCAUUCAGUGACACUGUUUCGAUUUCACUCGAGCCGUCCGCGGAAGCAGCAGCUCUCACGAAUAGUAAUUGCGAAGCGAUCGCUAUUUCGCUACAUGCUUUUCUUUGCGAUGCCGUAAAUGUGUUCCUUCACAUAUAUACACCGGUGGUUGUGGUAGAUCCCAGGGCUCUAUCGGUGCUCUCAGAGCAGUUAGUCGUCAACACGCUGCAGUUAUUGUGAUUGUGUUAAGGGGAUCCAGAUAAACGUUUUCUCAAGAUUGCCAUUGAAGUAUUUGCGACGUUCCUUCGGCUUAAGGAGAAUGUUAACCAUUGAUGGUGAGUGAUAACUUAACUGAAUAGGACGGUAAAUUCUUUUAAAGAAAGAAAGAAAGGUGGGUGGGUGGAGGAUUGGGAUUGCUGGGGAUUCGGAGCCAUUUCUCCAGAACGUCUAUCAAGACGAUCAUGGACGUCGUGCUGUUGAAAAUGAAAUUGGCAAAGACGGUCCCUGUCAUAUUCUACAAAUAUCUACUUCCAAUAGCAACCUUAAAAACCAACUCCAGGGUCCCCUUAACUUGUGUAACCAGAGUCGCCAACUUGCGCUUUGAUGAACAUGAUUAUGACUGCUGGCCACAACUAGCUUGCAUCACGGCUGUUUUCGACUGCGUUUUAAGUGCAGAGCAUUUCAGGAGCACAGUAUUUUUUUUUUUUUUUUUGAAAGCUUGGACUGGAACAAAUUUUCUGAUACGUUGAGUGAAACCGUAGCACCAUGCUGACUGCGGCGUUCAGUACGAGUGUCUCAGACGCCCAUGCGCCGGACUUCAUCCGCAAUUCAUUAAUUCCACUGCACCCUCAGUAGCGCUUCUCCGAUUUUUGUAAAAAAAAAGGAGAUCCGCUGUGGCCGUUAAUUCCCGAGCGUUUUUGGAGGCCGCGCCUUGCGACUGCGCUUGGCGAGCUUUGUAUUCUUGUAUACCACGAACGGAAUUUUUGCGUUUCUGCGAGCAAUGCUUCCUGUGUGUACAAAGUUACGAAUUUCUGUGUAUAUACCAUGUACAUUGUUUUUUGUAUGUUUGUACAUAACCAUAAGCCGGGCGGCAGUGAUAGUUAAUGAAAUGAACAAUAAAGCGAGACUGAGAGCAUGUGACAACUG